UGAGCCUCGCGCUUCAACGCUCUUAGUUGUUACGGAAAUAGACUAUGCUGUUUAGUUUCUCCAUUUACGUCGGGAAUACGCCUCGCGAAUUUGGGAAGCAAAAUCGAAAGUGAACGGAGUGUUAGAACGGUUGAGAUCCGCUGUGUUGUAUUUUUCAACGUCAACAGAUCUUUCAGAAGUCGACAGGGAGAAAGUAGCAAGUCGUCUGAAAUCAUAUUUCUGGGUUUGUGUUUGACUGAGGAUCCUCCAGUUUCAAGAACUUCAAAGUGACAACAUCAACAUGGCCUCUCCUUAUGGAAACAUUAUGAAGGUAGAAACAAGUGGUGCUUCCUGGAGGACAGCAAUCGCUGAUUGGAAACAUUUCAACGGGGUGCCUGCAUCUCACAAAAUGGCAGAGCAUGACCUUGCUGCCAUGAACAAGUACAAGGGUCUCAUAAUGAAGGUGGCAGAGAGGAAUGCAGUGGACCCAGCUGUCAUCUGUGGCAUCAUUUCAAGAGAGUCCCGGGCUGGGAAAGGACUGGACAAGCAUGGCAGGGGGGACUAUGGCAAGGCCUUCGGGCUUAUGCAGAUUGACACUACCCCAAGCGGUGGCGGCCACACUCCAAAGGGGGAAUGGGACAGUGAGGAGCAUCUCCAACAAGGCACUGAAAUUCUGAUUGAGUUCAUCAAAAGAAUCCAGAAAAAAUUCCAUUCAUGGACCUACGAGCAGCAACUGAAAGGGGGAAUAGCAGCCUACAAUAAGGGAGAAGACUGUGUAGAGUCAUAUCAGGAAGUGGACGCUAAGACCAAUGGAGUGGACUACUCCAAUGAUGUUGUUGCCAGAGCUCAGUGGUUCUACAGACAUGGUUACGGUGAAAAAAGAAACGGUGGCAUUAUAGUAGCAGCAACAGCUGUAGUGGGAGCAGUUUGUGCUGUUGCCCUGGCACCACUAGCCCUGACAGCGAUCGGGUUUGGUGCUGGCGGGAUUGUAGCUGGAUCAACAGCAGCAAGCAUGAUGUCUGCCGCGGCCGUAGCCAAUGGAGGUGGGGUAGCAGCAGGGAGUCUUGUUGCUGUUCUACAGUCAGCAGGUGCUGUAGGGCUCUCGUGGAUGGCCACAGCGAUUGUGGGAAGUGUGGGAGCAGCUGUUGGAGGAUCUGUGGGAUGGCUGGAAAGAACGUUUUUUUAAAUGUUCCAUAGAGGCGUUGAAGAACACAUGUCAGUACUGCAAUACACCCUAACACUGUUGAUACUGCGUGCUUAAAGUAUUCUACUUGUCAACUGAAUUUUUUAAAUUCCAUUGCAAUUCUGCCGUUAUGAAAAACAGGUUUUCUGUAGGAAAGUCUAAAGUUCUCUGUGAGGAUUGUUCCUAAUUUUGUUGAAAUGAGCUCAGUGGUUCUACAGCCAUGGUUAUGGUGAAAAAAAGUAAACAACUUAUUAACCUUUAUAGACAUGUUGAAAAUGAUGAAUACACCAAAUAAUAAUUACAUUGUGUUGUUCAACUUCAAACAGUCUCAUCCAAGUUUCUUCUGUAGUUGAGUCUUUAAGCAACUUGUCAUUGCGCAAUAUAAUUAAAUAUUUGUCUUAUUUUA